AUGGAGCCCCAAAGUCAACAUGGCAGUGGCGGUUCAUUAGUUGUGAUCCAGCAGCCUUCCUUGGACAGCAGGCAAAGGUUGGACUAUGAAAGAGAAAUUCAGCCGACCUCUAUCUUGUCAUUGGACCAGAUCAAGGCCAUAAGGGGCAGCAAUGAGUAUACUGAAGGCCCAUCUGUGGUGAAAAAGUCUGGUCCACGAACAGCACCAAGACAAGAAAAGCACGAAAGGACUCAUGAAAUCAUACCAAUUAAUGUGAAUAAUAAUUAUGAGCACAGACCCAGCCACUUGGGACCCGUGGCACACCAACAUAACGUAAGGGCUCCUGUGUUGAGCAGAUCGACUAGCACUGGAAGUGCGGCUAGUUCUGGAAGCAACAGCAGUGCUUCUUCAGAGCAGGGGUUGUUGGGAAGAUCGCCCCUGUCUAGGCCAGGUUCAAGCCACAGAUCUGAAAGGACAAUCCGGACGCAGCCCAAGCAGUCAUCUUUGAUGGUAGAUGAUCUGAAGGGUCCCUUGAAAGAGGACUUGACGCAGCACAAGUUUAUCUGUGAACAGUGUGGGAAGUGCAAAUGUGGCGAGUGCACAGACCCGAGGGCCUUACCUUCUUGUUUGGCCUGCAACAGGAAGUGCUUGUGCUCUGCAGAGAGCAUGGUGGAGUACAGUACCUGCAUGUGCCUGAUCAAAGGGAUCUUCUACCACUGUUCCAAUGAUGAUGAAGGGGACUCAUAUGCGGAUAAUCCCUGCUCUUGUUCCCAGGCACAUUGCUGUUCUAGGUACCUGUGCAUGGGAGCAAUGUCCUUGUUUUUGCCUUGCUUGCUCUGCUAUCCUCCUGCUAAGGGAUGCCUGAAGCUGUGUCGAGGGUGUUAUGACCGGAUCAAUCGUCCUGGUUGCCGAUGUAAGAACUCCAACACUGUCUAUUGUAAACUGGAGAGCUGCCCGUCUCGGAGUCAGGGGAAGCCCUCAUAA